AUGGUUGGGGAGGUCGACACAGUUGCUAAUUCUGGAAUCGUACGGGAGGCCUCAGGUAUGUACCCUGUCUCUGAAGAAUACAUCAGCAAUGACCAUCCGCUUUAUGUAGCGCUUCCUCCCAGACGUGAGCAGGGCCAUCGAGUCUUGCACAUGGUGAGCAUCCUGUGCCUCUCCGCAGCCAUAUUCCUUUUACUGCGGGGUCACCAUUGUGUACUGUUACUGGAUUCUCACGGACAGCUAGGGGGUCGCUUAAGAGAACGCGUGCUUUCGCUGGCGGAGACAGGUCGUUUUAGAAGAUGCGUAGAGUCUGGAACGGUGUUGGAACGUGCGGUUCCCCAAGGCACUGGAAGUGAUGAUUUAAGUACAGCUUCAGGCGGUUCUUUAAGGGUUUCUUCUGAGGGCAUUUCAAGUGGAGCUUCAAGUGGCUUCGAGGGCGGCCCUCUGAUUGGCGCAGUAGGCGGAACUGGGACAUCAGGUCUUCCUGCGCCGACACUAGAUGAGUCGCAAUAUGCGCAGGAGAGCAUAGUUCAUGGGUCGCUCCCAGUUUCACCACAUACCGCGUUUCAGAGAAUUCUUGGACGUUUGGGGGUUUCGAAGAAGAUUCCAUUCGAUUUUGCCGCACGCCAGGGCCCUUUGGAAACGCGUGAAGGAGGCAUUUCGGAUCAAAUCUCUACAAACGAAAGGCAACAAGAAAAAAAUUCCCCCACUAAGAAGUCCGUCCCGUCGAGCAAGGUACUGUUGGAUGUCCCAUUAGACAGAGCGGAGCAUGCACGCCAACUCCGGCUCCUUCAACCUUCUGGAGAUGUUUGCGUGGAUAUGACCGAACAAGACUUGGACCUCCUGCACACGGCGAAGCGACAUUUGACUCGCAUGCUGAAUAAAAGGAGUCAUCUUUUAAAUUCGCUGCAUGCAAACUCGGCGAGGCAGAGCCUUCUGCAGGGCCAACUGUGGUUGCAGAGAUCCACUUCUUCCGAAAGGCACCGUCUUCAGGGACGCCUUCUUCAGUUGCAGGAAGAAGCUCGCCUCCUAGAGUGUCAGUUGUGGCGAACUCGACGUGAACUAAAAUCCAUGAUUCCUCUGCAACAGCACAUGGCCCUUUCUUUGCGUUUAGUUGCUCGGCGUCGUGCAGCCGGAGCGUACCUCUCAUCCAGAGGGGCAGCAGCGUUAAGUGCGGCAAUUCUCAUAGUGGAUGGCAGUGGAAGAGAACAUGCUGUGGCUAGUUAUACGGAGGAGCUGGAGAUAAAGAAAAUGAGCGUCUUAGAGUUGGAACAGCUGGAACUGAAUCAAUCAGGGAGCCAUCUGAUACUGGCAGCAGAAGCAGCAGCUUAG